AUGGCGGAUAAGAUGGCUAGCUCUAAACUCUUCCAGCCUCUUAAAAUUGGCUCAAUGGCUCUCGGGCAUCGUAUUAUGAUGGCGCCGCUCACUCGCUAUCGUGCAUUGGACGACCACGUUCCGAUGGCGAUUGUAGCUGACUAUUAUGCACAACGAGCGCGGUCUUUGCCGGGGACUCUCAUAAUUACAGAAGCUUCACUUAUUUCUCCCAGGGCAGGAGGCUACGCCAACGUCCCAGGAAUAUGGUCAAAGGACCAGAUCAAUUCGUGGGCGAAGGUUGUCAAAGCUAUACAUGACGCCGGGGGAUAUGCCAUCUGCCAGUUGUGGGCCAUGGGUCGCGCAGCCAAAGCCGAAGUUCUCACUACAGAACCCGACGGUCCAUUCGACGUUGUUAGCAGCUCUAACAUGCCUAUCGACGCAUCCUCCUCUAUUCCUCGUGCAUUGUCUAUCGAGGAAAUUCAAGGUUUCAUCCAAGACUAUGCCCAAGCAGCCCGAAAUGCUAUCACGGCCGGCUUCGACGGAGUUGAAAUUCACAUGGCGAACGGUUAUCUCAUUGAUCAGUUCACACAGGACACUUGCAACAACCGUACUGACCAAUACGGUGGCUCAGUGGAGAAUAGGGCUCGUUUUGGACUGGAGGUAGCGAAGGCAGUACUGGAAGCUAUCGGAGCUUCUCGUGUAGGCUUCCGGCUGAGUCCUUGGAGCCCGUUUCAAGGGAUGAGAAUGGUCGACAACAGCAGAUUGGAAGAGCAGUUUACCUACUUGAUUAAAGAACUCAGAAACUUGGACCUCGCGUUCAUGCACCUCGUCGAGCCCAGGAUCGGAGGCGACCAGGAUAUCAAUCUCAAGGACGCAGAAUCUUUGGAAUUUGCAUUUGAUGCCUGGGGCUCGACGACUAAUGCGCCGAUCUUAGUCGCUGGAGGCUACAACGCCAGCACUGCACGACAAGCUUUGGACGAGAAUCGAAUAUAUCGCGAUAAAGAUGUUGCUGUGGUGUUUGGAAGAUGGUUCAUUAGUAACCCCGACCUUCCCUUCCGCAUCCAGAAGAAUAUUCCCUUCGCCAAGUAUGAUCGAACAACUUUCUACACGCCAAAACAAGAAGAAGGUUAUAACGACUACCCAUUUAGCCUAGAGUACUUGAAAACUUUAGUAUAG